ACUUGAAAGAUAUUGGUUGCUCUUGAAGAAAAUUCUCCAUUGCUAAGAUGAUGAAAACCAUAUUAUUCCUCCUGUUUGCUGGGUUUGUUUCUGCAACAUGGGCAUAUACUCCCACGUGUGAGGUUGAUGAUGUGCUUGAUCGGAAGAUCACGGAAGCAAUCAAGUCCACAGCAAGCAACAGCCAGCUGGUUUGCCAAAGUGUGACAACCCGUGGUGCUGAUGCCACCUGCCCUUCAGGUUUCAAGCCCACUGGGUGUGCCUGUGGAAUGGCCUGUGGUUCCUGGGAUAUCCGUGGUGACAUUACCUGUCAUUGUCAGUGUGCCGGAAUAGACUGGACUAAUGCCCGGUGCUGCAAAAUCGUUAAUGGUCACUAAAGGCUCCUCAGCCGCCUGCUGGCUUUCUGGCUCCAGCUUCUGUGCUCAAUAAAAA